AUGGCGAUAAAAAUAAUGUUAGACGAGUACAAUGGCAUCAACGGCAACGUCUCCCUGGAUCGUCGAAGUGAAUGGGUUCAAUCUCCGAAUCGGUAUGAGCUUUCUGGCUCGUUGGGAUCUAGUGGCGGCAGUACUUUAUCACGUGAAAAUGGCACGUAUGACGUGAAUCAGGCAGAGAGAAAUGCCAGAAAUAAUCAAGAAAAUAUCGUGAACAAUAACAAUCACUCGCUCACGUCGAAUGGAACGCUUGGAUCGCAAGAUGGCAUGGAUACGGCACGGAAAAAGAAAUGGCCAACUGACAAGUCAUAUUUCUGGGCGAAAGAAAUUUUAAUGACUGAACGAACCUACAAAAAGGAUCUUGAUAUUAUAAAUAAUUGGUUCCGUGAGGAACUUUGUCCCGAAGACAUUGAGAAUCUUCAACCGCUUUUCCAGCACUUUGACUUGAUGAUUCAGCAUCACAGCGUAUUUUUGCGCGACCUGGAGCAUCGUAUCCUGCUGUGGGAAGGUCGCGGAUCGCACGAGGCUCAUCGCAUUGGUGACGUCAUGCUCAAAAAUAUGGUCGUCCUUCCAGUCUACGAGGAAUACAUCGAGGCUCACAUGGAAAUUUUGCAACGACUAAACGACUUGUACGAGAAUGACGAGCGUUUCCAGUCAAUUUAUCGCGAAUUCGAGCAGCAAAAAACUUGCUACUUGCCAAUUCUGUACUUGAUCCUGAAGCCACUCUAUCGUCUCUUGCAUUAUCAGAAGAUUUUGGAGCUUUUGCUGGAAUAUUACGACGAAAAUCACUUUGAUCGCACGGAUUGUCAAGGCACGUUGGUGAUGUUGUCGCGAACGACAGACGUGGUUCGCAAAUUAAUUGCCGAAUCCGAGAAUUACGUGUUGCUUUGCGAGAUUCAGCGCGAUUUGAAUGGCUUUGACACGCUCAUCCAGUCCGAUAGACGACUUGUACGUCAAGGUUGCUUGCUGAAACAUUCCAAACGCGGCUUGCAACAACGAAUGUUUUUCCUUUUCACGGAUAUUUUGCUGUAUGCGAGCAAGUCGCCCGUGACACAGACGUUCAAAGUAUUAGGACAUGUGCCGUUGCGAUCGCUACUGACGGAAAACUCGGAACAUAAUGCAUUUAUUAUCUUUGGCGGACAACGAUCGAUUACUGUGAGUGCCGGAACGACGGCGGAAAAGCUUUUGUGGCUCGAUGAAUUGCAAAAAGUGGCAGCUAAUAUCAAACAUAAGCCGCAAACGAAUCUCACGAUAGGUUCGAUAAAGAAUUGCAGCUCAUCAGAAGAAGGCUUAGACACGUACGGCUUGAUGCCCCACAAUGGAAACAACACAAACACUCGUGCCCAGUCGCCGCGUAAUAAUACAGCUUUGCAUGUUUGCUGGCAUCGCGGAGUAACUGUCAGCUUAGAAGACCAUCUAAGGGCGUCAGAGAAUCAAAUCUCAGGAUACUUGCUCAGGAAAUUCAAAAACAGUAGUGGAUGGCAGAAAUUAUGGGUCGUAUUGACCUCAUUCUGUUUGUACUUUUAUAAAAAUUAUCAAGACGAGUCCGCAUUAGCUAGUCUACCGUUAUUGGGAUACUCCGUCGGUCCCCCCGGAGUCCAAGACGCAGUCCAGAAAGAAUUUGUCUUCAAAUUAUCAUUUAAAAAUCACACAUAUUUCUUCAGAACCGAAAGUGAAACGACGUACAAUAGAUGGCUUCAUGUCCUCAAAAGUGCAACUCAAAUGCAAGAUUUGAAGUUAAAAAAAUAA